AUGGCCCUCCGGGUGUUCUGCAACUCCUGCUCCUGCGAGCCCCGCAAGCCCACGCCGCGGUUCUGCCUCACCAGCUGCGGCCACGUUUUCUGCGAGGUUUGCCUCCAGAAAGGCAAAAAAGAUGAAUGUUUGAUCUGUAAAACUGCUUGUCAGACGUUAGUUCUUUCAAAACAGGUAAAUCCUGAUAUUCAGGCACUUUUCAUGGGAGUGGAUGUGUUAUGCAAUAAAUACUCAAAAGAAAUAACACAGAUUUCAGAAUUUCAAGAAAAACACCGUAAGCAUUUAUUAGUACACUACAAACAAAAGGCAGCAAAGCUGGAGGAAUCUCUCAAGAAAGCAACACAACAAAUACAACAGAUACAAUGUAUGAAACCACCUGAAAAAACUCCACAGCUGCCCUUUUCCAGUACAAGCAGAAAUCCAUUUUCCAUUCCUUCAAGAAAACAGAAUAGUUAUUCUUCAUAUCCUCUUCAUUCUAGUCAUCCUUCUGCUUCUGAAACGGUGGAGGCAAUGGAGAUUGAUCCUGUACCUUCACCAAUGAGGAGACUCGAGACACCAUCUGGUCCCACAAGGUUGUCAGUAAUAACUCCACCACAGGAUGGACGUAUGGGUAGUGUAGCCUACAAAAGUUCUCAGUCAUCUCUAAUAAUGUCAAGUCAAAGUAUUGGAGCAGGAUCUACAAGAUCCACGCCUGUAAGAUUACCACUUAACGGGUGUCCGUCAUCAUCUGGGUCACAGAGCAGUAGAAGGGGAUCGUGGGGUAAUUCUGACUUCAGAACCCCUCAGCUGUAUCCACUUACAUCACCUUCCCCACAGCUUUCUGCAAGACAUCCAAUCACCAUCUCUGGACUUCUGCAAAGACAACAGUUAGGAUCGACUAAUUUUGGAGGACAUUCAGCAGAAAGAUAA